AUUUUUCCGUACGGAUACCUACUGCAGGCUCAUUCUCAUCGGCGACAAAGUUCAUAGCUCCGUGAUCAGCUACUACCCAAGUGAAGAUGCAAAGCAUGCAGAGCGCAUGUUGUAAGCAUUCGUAAGCGUUAAGUGAAAUGGAGCAAAUUGAUAAGCUAGGUGGGGUUUGUCAGACUACGUCGGCUUAGAGGAGCACUUACGCGACAUUUACAAUGGCGCAUCAUCGUGAGAAGUUCGCAUACAAGUAUCGUUUGCUUUUCCAGAAGAAGACUUGAGCUAAAUUAUUCCGUGAAUGAUUCAGUCUCAUAAUUGGAACAACAGUCGUGUAUUUGAAAGUCACCGUCUUUUCCAUCAGCACCCUAUCACAUACAACAUCGAGACCAGGACCGAAUUCCGGCAACCAUCCACUUACAAACCAUGUCGACCCUCCGAACAAUACGCAAAAUAUUCACGGCCCCAGAGCAAUCCGAAGGCGCAGGCGCCCGCGUCCGCCGCUCCAUCGGAAGCAACCACCUCCGCACCCUGUCCCCCUUCCUCAUGCUCGACCACAUGAACGGCGCCACCGGCCAAGGCUUUCCCGACCACCCCCACCGAGGCCAGGAGACCGUCUCCUACAUCCUCAAGGGAUCCGUCGAGCACGAGGACUUUGCGGGACACCGCGGGGUUCUGCACGCCGGCGACUUGCAGUUCAUGACGGCCGGCAGAGGGAUCAUGCAUUCUGAGCAACCGAUCCCUGCUGAGGAUGGAAGCGGCGGGGCGGGAUUACAGUUGUGGGUUGAUCUGCCGCGGCAUCUGAAGAUGUGCGAGCCGAGGUAUCGCGAUCUCAAGGCUAAAGAGAUUCCUCUUGCGCAACUUGAUGACGGGAGGGUUACUGUGAAAGUCAUCUCGGGUGUCUCUGGAGGGCUCGAUAGUGUUAGGGACCUGACGUAUACGCCGAUAUGGUACCUCGACAUCCAGAUACAACCGGGCGGCGAGAUCUCGCAGCAGAUUCCCCAGGGCUGGAACGCGAUGGCGUACGUUGUCGAAGGAUCUAUGCAAGUCAGCUCCUCCACCGAGGAGGACCGCAACGAGACACGACAGUUCCAGGCUGUUGUGUUUGGGAUGGAGGGAGACGCGGUGCGGAUGGGAGUUCCGGACACGGCGACAUUGGCUGCGCGGAUUCUUCUGAUUGCGGGAAAACCACUGGACCAGCCUGUUGUGCAGCAUGGUCCGUUUGUGGUGACGAGCAGCCAAGAGGCCAAACAAGCGCUUGAGGACUUUUAUUUCCACAAGAAUGGGUUUGAGAGGGCGGCGGGAUGGAAGAGUCGGAAUACGACGAAACUGGAGAGAUCGUAGAGUAAAUAGUUUGGAACGUUGUUCAUGCGCAAAUGGAACCACAGAUUUCAAACUGGA